AUGGCGGACAAUUACCUCGUAAUCUCCCACCCGAGCGCGUGCGUCGCGUCGUCCAACCGCACCCUCUGCGCGGCGGAAUUUCGCGUGGCGCGGCGAUCUCUAAGCGUGGUGCCGCAGUCGCAGGAGCAAGUAACCGUUGCCAUGGUCGCGGGGGUGCAAGCGCAAGUCGCGGCGAUCAUCGCGGCGGCGGACGAAAUCAAAGCCAGCAACGUGCGGAACGAUCACUUCACGAACGCCAUGGCGCGGGCCUGCGCGCGGCAGGCGAACAUCGCGCUGCGAUACCUGGGGCAGGCGGGCGACGCUAUCGAAGCCGGCACGAAUCAGCGCGACGUGCCGUACUGGCUCGCUGCCGCCGACACGCAGGUCGAUAACUGCGUCGACGGAUUCCAGACCUUCUCGCCCUCGACAGAGGGGCUCCCCGCUUACAUCCAUCUUGAGUACACGGCUAAGAAGGCGGGUAGCACGCUCGACGCGCUCGUCUCCGUCACCAACGCCGCCGCGAAAGCCGCCGUAGCCGCCGCAACCGACGUCCCAUCGACAGAGGAGGACGUGGCGCCCGUGCGCGGACGCCGCAUGGCCGUCCGAUCCAGCAGCGGCGCGGGAUCCGUGGGGAGCGGCGCGAUGGACUGGCUCGAGCCGGGGCUGUACGCAAAACUGCAGGAGCUUCAAACGAGGAUGAACGCCGAGUUCGCCGCCGGUGCAGGCGGGGAGGAUUCGGAGGGCGGCUCCUUGGCGAGAAGGCAAUUGGAUGACGACGAUGAUGAUGACGAGGAGGACAGGAAGGACGAGGAAAAGAAGGCUAAGAAAGAGCAGGAGAAGAAGGAUAAGGAGGAGAAGAAGAAGAGCCAGAAGGACAACGACAGCGGUAGCGAUAGCGGCGAUAAGAAGAGCAGCAGCAAGAAGAGCAGCAAGAAAGCGUCUCCCACCGCCGGGCCGAUGGUCGUUAGUCCGUCCCUUAUCGCCAGCGCGACCGUCGGAUCCGGGUACUCGACGAUCCAGGCCGCGAUUGACGCCGCUCCCGGCGGCACGCGGUUCGUGAUUUACAUUCCCGCGGGGACAUACAACGAGCAGGUGCUGAUUGAGACGACGGAUAUUGUUCUGAUUGGUGCCGGCGCGGAUAAAACGAUUAUCACGGGCGACGAGAGUUAUGGCAGCGGCUCGGGAACGUUCGAGUCGGCUACUGUUGGUGUCGAUAGCGACAGGUUCGUCGCGUUCGGAAUCAAGUUCGUCAACACGGCAGGUCCCGAGAACCACCAAGCCGUCGCGUUCCGCGCCACGGGCGACCAAACGGCUCUCUUCGACUGCGCCUUCGACGGCGCGCAAGAUACACUGUAUGUGGACGCGGGGCGGCAGUACUACAAGAAUUGCUGGAUUGGCGGCUCGAUGGACUUCAUUUUCGGCGACGCGGCGGUUGUAAUCGACGCGCCGAAGAUCCAGCUACACCCGAGCCCUUCAUUUGUGACUAUAACGGCGUCGGGGCGCAAGUCGGAAACGCCAACCGGGAUCGUGAUUCGCGAUGCGGAAAUCGCGGCGGACAGCGGUACUACCGAGGUGUAUCUGGGCCGUCCGUGGAAGAAAUGCGCCUUCACCGUUUUCAUCAACGCCAACCUCCCUGCGGUAAUCGAGAAGGACGGGUGGCUGACGUGGAACGAGGGCAGCUGCAUGUUCCUGGCGGAGGCUGGCAGCAAGGGCCCGGGCGCGGCCUCUCCCCGCGCGGAUUGGGUGGAGCCGGGGAUAAUCACUGACGUCAGCGGGUACGACGCGAAUAGCUUCACUGAAGUGAAUAGCUGGCUCAGCUGGGCGGGGUAG